AUGGCGUUUAGCCCUAGAGCCGUCGUCGUCGCGUCGAUUGCUGCUCUACUCGUCGCGGUUGUCGCUGAGGGCUACCACGGCGAGUUCACGGCGAGUUACUACGACAAGACGUGCCCUGACGCGCAGAACAUCGUCCGCACGGUGAUGGAGCGGAGUGUCGCCGCCAACCCCAGGAUGGCGCCGGCCAUCCUCCGCCUCUUCUUCCACGACUGCUUCGUCAACGGUUGUGAUGCUUCCGUCCUCCUCAACAGCACGGAUUCCAUGCCGAGCGAGAAGGACGAACUGCCCAACGCCUCCCUCGCCGGCUUCGAUGUGGUCGACAAGAUCAAGGAGGAGCUCGAGAAGAAGUGCCCGGCCACCGUCUCCUGCGCCGACGUCCUAGCGCUGGCAUCCCGCGACGCCGUCGCCAUGCUCGGCGGGCCCAACUGGAGCGUGCUGCUCGGCCGCAAGGACUCGCUCUACGUCGCCAAGAACGCCACGGAGGAGCUCCCGGACCCGAAAGGCGACCUCGAACAGCUCCGCGACAUGUUUGGCAAGCACGGCCUCGACGAACGCGACCUCACCGCGCUCUCCGGCGCGCACAGCGUCGGCAAGGCGCACAGCUGCGACAACUUCAGGGAGCGCAUCGACGGCUACGGCUACGACGACAUCGACCCCUCCUACGCGGCGCAGCUCCGGCGGUCGUGCGAGCCCAACUGCGACGAGGCGGCGGGCGUGCCGUUCGACCAGCGGACGCCGAUGAAGUUCGACACGCUCUACUACCAGGACCUGCUCGCCAAGCGGGGGCUCCUCGCCACCGACCAGGCGCUCUACGCCCAAGGAAGUUUUGCCGGCGAGCUGGUGCUCACCUACUCCCGCAACCAGGAGGCGUUCUUCGCCGACUUCGUGACGGCGAUGGUGAAGAUGGGGAACAUACUCCCGGAGCCGUGGACUCCGGCGGAGGUGAGGCUCAAGUGCUCGGUGGCCAACGGCCGUUAUUGAGGCUCAGCUGCUCUCUCCUUUUGUUUGAGUUGAUGAGCACAACUACACAAACAUGUUGGAAACGUGUGUAAUUGCCUUUGAAGAUAAAAUUGUGGCAGCAAAUUGUAAAUGUAUUCUUUUGUUCUUUCGAUGUUUGUAUGUUUUUUACAUCCAAUCUGUACAUUUCUAACAAUGUUGUUUUUCAAUUAAAUAUC